CGUCGAGGGCCGGGUUGGCGGCGGAUUCUCCUGGCUAGGAGGGAACCAGCUAUCAGUCACAAGGAGGGGGUUCGACUGGGAGGGAGGGGGACUGACAUGUCUCUCGAAGACCCUUUUUUUGUAGUCCGAGGCGAGGUGCAGAAGGCGGUGAACACCGUCCGCGGGCUGCACCAGCGCUGGUGUGAGCUCCUGCAGGAUGGCGCGGCGGUGGGACGCGAGGAGUUGGACUGGACCACCAAUGAACUGCGGAAUGGCCUGCGCAGCAUUGAGUGGGACCUCGAGGACCUGGAAGAGACCAUAGGCAUAGUGGAAGCCAAUCCAGGCAAGUUCAAGCUCCCAGCAGGGGACUUGCAGGAGAGAAAGGUGUUCGUGGAGCGCAUGAGGGAAGCUGUUCAGGAAAUGAAGGACCACAUGGUCAGCCCAGCAGCCAUAGCCUUCAUGGAGAGGAAUAACAGAGAGGAGGUGCUGAUGGCCAAGCUAGAUGCUCAGAAGUCACACAGUGACCUGCUGGAUGCCAGUGUGGUCUCAGCCACCUCACGCUACAUUGAGGAGCAGCAAGCCACCCAGCAGUUGAUCAUGGAGCAACAGGACCAACAGCUGGAAAUGGUGUCUGGGAGCAUCCGGGUUCUGAAACACAUGUCAGGCCGUGUUGGGGAGGAGCUGGAUGAACAGGGCGUCAUGCUGGAUGCCUUUGCUCAUGAGAUGGACCUCACCCAGUCCCAGAUGGACAGGGUUCUCAGGAAGAUGGCCAAAGUGUCCCACAUGACCAGUGGCCUUGCACGUGCCAGAAGAGCACGCCAAUGAACCACAGCUCAGCUCUCAGCUCAUCUAACUGCACCCCUGGUCUUGCCAGGAUGGGCAGCUACCAACAUCAAAGUCCAGAUGGGGAAACUGAAGGGCCGAGGGCUUCAGCUGCCCCAGGAUAGUAGCUUCUAACCAACACAGGACAUGAGGCCUGAGGACACAGAGCGGGGGGAUCUAGGGAGACAGUGGGGCCAGCACACCUGUUACCAGCUCCAGCUUCUCUGAGGGGUCACCCUCAUCGUAGAGCUUGGGGUGGCAACGGUUGCCUAUCUGGUUGAUGAGCUCAGCUGGGAGAGAUGCCAGGUCUUGCCGUACCCGAAUACGACUUCGGGACUCUGGGGCCACCUGUUCCGGGAGGGCCUCCACCUUCUCGGCUGUGGGGAGAAAGCAGAGUGUACAUGUGAAUGUGUGCACCUGAGGGCGUAGGGCAGGCGUCCCAGGCAGGGAGCAGGGCCUCACCCGUCUGGCCGACGUUCAUCAUGCUGUACAUGGUGUACAUGUUGCAGAUCUGCCGGUACUGCUCGUCGGCGCCCUCCUCGCCCGCGUCCUCCUCCUCGUCCUCCUCGUUGUGGUAGGAGCCAGGGCUGUCACUGGUGUAGGCGCUGGAGGUGCCGGGGCUUGUCCGCUCUGAUGUACUGGGCCCGCUCAUCACACCCCCCGCUGCCACUGCUGCUGCCACCACCGGGGCCGGCUGGGGCGUCCGGUUUGUGGCCAGGUCCGGCGUGGAGAACUUGGCCAUCUUGCGACUGCCGUUGCCACUGCUGCUGCCCCCAGCCUCCUUCUGGCUGCUGUCCCACAGCCUCUUUGCCACAGGUGUGCACUGCACAGAGUCCGACUCUUGCUGCUCCGUUUUGACCCGAGACACGAGGGGCAGUGGUGUGCUGCAGGCUGGCCAGCCUGAUGUUUGUGCCACAGGGCUCUGGGGCUCAGAUGAUGGGGCCUCUUCGGCGUGCAGGCCCUGGGAGUCGCAGCUCGGGGAGCUCACCUUGAGGAAGAACUCAGUGCCCUUCUCCAUGAUUUCCUGGAUCUGCAGGAAGCCAGCUGUGUAUAUGAGCAGGAACUGGUCACCCAUGUUCAUGCUCAGCCGACCCGUGUAGCAGAACGUGAGGAUCUGCUGGAAGGACUGGGGCUGCACGGCUGCCGGCAGCUCCACCACGGCGCUCCGGCUGCUGUUGAACAGGUCCCGGAAGUAGGAGCUGCUGGCAGCCAACACAGCCCGGUGGGCCUUGAAGGCGUGGCCCUUGACCACCACAGACACGUCACAGUACAGGCCUUGCAGCCGCUGUUCGUUGAGGCACUCGAGGAUACUGUUGCCAAAGUUUGGGAUCUCCAUCUGCAGGGUCUGGGCCAUGGCGGCAGCUGCAGACAGGGAGACACGGGAGCAAGUUGAGCAGCAAAAUCCAGUGCUGGCUGAACCCUGCUUCAUGGACCCCGACUGCUGCAGGAAGCCACACAAAAGCCCAGACACCCACGCGGCAGAAUCAAGCAGAUUCCUUCUACACCAGCAGACUUGCCUUUAUGAAACUCAGCUGUCCUUUGGUGGGGGACUAGUUCCAGGAACCCCAGUAGAUAUCAAAAAUCUAAUUCCCAAGUCCUUCAAAUGGCACAGUAUUUUACAGAA